CCUCCCAAACCCCACUCUCACUCACACUCUCACUCCGUUUCUUCCCCCAAGCCCCAUUCCCCCUCACCCUCUCACUCACCCUCUCACUCACCCUCUCACUCACCCUCUCAUUCACGCCCACCCUCUCACUCACACUCACACUCCCCUCCAAAGCCUCACUCUCACUCCCCCGGGGGAUGACUCAGGCGCAUCAGGGCUACUCUGGUAGCAGUGCUGCUGCUGGUGGUGGCGCUGCUGCUGGUGCUGGUGGUGGUUUGAAUGUGCUGGGUCGGCCGUUUCAGCAUAUAUCGGAGCAGUUUAUACUGAGUACGGAGGAGAUAGGCAGGGGCAGAUCGGGCAGUGUCACAAUGUGUGUGCAUCGGACAAGCAACGAGAGGCUCGCGUGUAAAACGAUUCCCAAAGGCAGCCUGCAGAGCGAGGAGGGGGCGGGGGACGUGAGGAGGGAGGUGGAGAUAUUGGAAUCUAUGAGGGGCCAUCCGUGCUCGGUGCAGCUGCUGGCAGCCUUUGAGGACGAGGAGUUUGUGCACCUGGGCAUCAUGCACCGGGAUGUGAAGCCAGAGAAUGUGCUUCUAAGGAGGGAGGAUGAUGAUGCGGAUAUUGCCAUCAUCGACUAUGGAGUGUCUGUGUUCUUCAAUCCAGGCGAAACGUUUUCUGAGAUCGUAGGCUCUCCCUUCUACAUUUCUCCGGAGGUGCUUCACGAAUCCUACGGUCCAGAAUCCGACAUCUGGGCGGCCGGAGUGAUCCUGUUCGUCCUUUUGUCGGGAGCACUUCCCUUCUGGGGGACUCAGACGAGGGCGUGUUCCGGGCAAUAUUGGAGAGGAGUGUGGAGGAGGAGGUGGAGAGAGAGGGAGUGUGGGAGAGUGUGUCUGAAGAAGCGAAGGAUCUGGUGUUGCGCAUGCUGACAAGAGACGCCGCCCUCAGAAUCUCGGCGGACGAGAUUCUUGAGCACCCAUGGCUCCAAGAUAACAACUACCUGCGCAACUCAUGCAAUUCAAGCAAUAGGUGCCUUUUAGCGUUAAGUUGACAGCCGGUGCCAAUCCUUUGAAAGCAGCCUACAUGCCGAUUCGUUUGUCAUUAUUAAUGGUAUCUUCUUUAUAUUUUCAUUUUAAUUAUUGACGACAUUUUUAGUACUGCUGUAACUCAAUAUUGUAA